UUGGACGAAGUGGCUCCUACCCCACAGUCCGUCUGUCCUCAGUGCAGUACUGCGAGCCUUUGAGAAGGUAGCUAAUGUACUAAAGAGGGAAUAAUGAAGCCCACAUCUGAGGACGAGGGUAAAAAGGUCGAUAUUUAUCGUGACACAUGGGUUCGGUUCCUGGGCUAUGCCAACGAGGUGGGGGAGGCGUUCCGUGCCUUGGUGCCCGUCAGCAUGGUGUGGGCCAGCUACGCGGUUGCCAUGACGUAUGUGUCGGCGGAUGCAGUGGACAAAGGGAAGAAGGCAGCUGCGGCUCAUGGUGACAACCCAGGGAAAACUACACGGAUAGCUGUGGCAGUCGUGGACACGUUUGUGUGGCAGGCCUUGGCAUCUGUGGCCAUUCCAGGAUUCACCAUCAACCGUGUGUGUGCUGCUUCUCUGUAUCUGCUAAGCAAGACCACGCGGUGGCCUUUACCCAUGCGCAAAUGGACCACCACCGCCAUCGGCCUUUCUACUAUUCCUUUCAUUAUUACACCCAUCGACAGGUCUGUAGACUUCCUGCUGGACUCCAGCCUGCGUAAGGUGUACGGAGGAGGAGAAAAGCAUGAAUGAGCCCUGUGGAGCCAAGCUGAAUUCUAACCUCGAUGCAGUGGUCUAGAUAAACCCCAACAAACCAGCGGACAUUUUUUUUUAUUUCUCCCCACAAAUCACCCUAAACCCACAACCUCGUUCAGUUUCAUGUACUGUCAGCCACACAACAUUGUGGUAUGUGAUAAUGCUGAAAACAGCCCACCAGUGAGACAUUUCUAUUACGAGAUGUUUUAUUGCCUGUUCACAGGUUUUAUGCACCUUAAACUUCCUUCUGUUUGCAUAAAGGUUGAAUAGAUUAGAUUACAUUAAGGCAAAAAAAUUAUUUCAUUUGCUAUUCCUAAUACUGUUUUGGUGCCAUAUUUGGUGUGUAAUAUUUCAAGUUGUACCUCAGUAACAGUUAUCUUGAAGGAUAUUGAAUAGUUUAGAUCAAUAUUUAAGGCACUUACAAAGAAAAUAACAAAAUGGGAAUAUGUAGGCUUUAAACUACACUAUGCAAGUAAAACCAAAGCCGCUGUUAAAGACAUCAAUUUUAACUGUGUAGAGGAAAAUGUAGAUAUAAGACAAAGAAGGGAAGAAGACAGAAAUGUAACGGUGAUUCAGGGCUUAAUUUCCAGCAAGAACACUGACAACGUCCACAUUAUAAGCCAUGUCUCUAUGAGAACUGCACAAAAUUGCCUAAUAAAGCAGCAACUGUGACAUCAAAACAGAAAAUAAAUAAACUUUAUUAGUUUCCUUUAGUCUUUUAUCCAUAUAUAUAUAUAUUAUAUAUAUUUUUUUUAAGUGCAUGCAUCUAUGAAUACUAGCUGGAAACCUUUUGUUUACAUAAAUGUACUUGUUCUUCUUUUCAUGAAUAGCGACUUGUUUUCUUUCUUUUCAUGUUUUGGGCAUCAAAGGGUUUUGGGCAGAUAGGGUUGUAUUCUAGCCUCCAUUCGCAUCCUUUCUUUGAGCACUGUAUAGAGUAUUUUUCGUUCUUGUACAAGUACUGUAGGGAAAUAUGUAUUUUAAAUGUAAAAUCUUUAACAUGUGAAAAGGAAAAGCACUGUUUAGAAAAACGGUUGGAGUACUGUAAUAAAAUUCAUAAGAACACCAAA